AUGGCUGUUUUGCCCCCAGCAUUUCUAUCAUCAUCUCAACAAAUGGAAGAAGUUGAGGGAAGGGAAGAAAGGGAAACAAGUAAUUUGAAUGAUGGAGUAGAUUCUAAUGUUGAUGAUCAGGCAAUAGAGAGAAUAUCUAGAUCUUUGAGAAUCGAAAAGGAUCAAGAGGAUCCAUCACGCCUUCUUAAUGUUUUUCUUCCACCAUCUUCUCAAAUAAAUAAUCGCCCAAAUAGAUUUCAUCAAUUUAUUGCCAGAGUAACGGAUGUAUCUGUUGUUGACGAUCCUCGGAGUUGGGAUGUCAAUAGAACAUUUCUUGCAUCUGUUACCGAUUCAUCAGUUAUUAAUGUUCACGGCCUCAAUGCUGGCCAUAAAUAUAAAGUUGCAAUUCUUGGGAGAAGAGAAGCUGAAAGUUUAUUAAUUCGGGAAGAAGAUGACACAUUCAGAAUUGAAUAUCACCAAUUAGACCCUCUCAAACGUUUUCCUAUACUUGACAUUCACGAUCUACAAGAACAACGUGAAGUGGAACUUUAUAUUGGAAAUUUAUCCCCUGGAAGAGAUUACGAAAUUUCUGUAACUUCUUUGAGGGAAGAACUGCCAAGUGUGCCUUGGAAAGGAAUUGUUACAACACGUCCUUUAAAACCUGAAAAUCUUAAUGUUAUUGAAAUUAAUUCUUCGUGUGUUCUUCUUCAAUGGCAAUUACCCAUUGAAUCGGGUGCUGAUCGGUUUAAGAUAGCUUAUGGACUGUUACAUGGUGCACAGGCUAUGUUAAAGUUAGAAGUUUUAUAUCCCAAACAACAAAUACCCCUUUGCCAACAAAUUGUACCCGGCAGAGCUUUCAUUUUUGCUGUUAUAGCAGAAAAAUCAAGGCAAAUAUCUGAACCUUCAACUACUUCACAUACAAUUAAGCCUUUGGCUCCAAAAGACUUAGUUGUAGAGCCUGAUUUUGAAAGUUCACGUUUCCGUGUCAGAGUUGGUCUUGCCCCAGAGAAUGAAUCACAUACAGAAAAAUGUCAAAUUUCUGUUCAAUCUGAGGAUCAAAAUGGAAGAAGCGAACAAGCUAUUGUUCCAGCUAAAAACGGACAGAUUUGUGAAGUUUAUUUCGAUUUAUUACCCGGUAGAAGAUAUGAAUUUGCUGCAACUGCUUUAAGUGGAUCAACUGCUUUUAGUACUAGAAUGUUGAGAAAUAGAGCUGUUGAACCAGGCUUUGAUUUUGCUUCUUUUGGAUUAAAUUUGAAAGAAACACCCAAUAAUGUCAGCAAUUCUUUAGUUCUUGAAUGGCCACAAAGUGAAGUAGCUCGUUUGAGGAUUGCUGACCUUUGGGCCCGUAUUGUAGGACGUGACUCUCAUUUACAUUUUUCUAUUCAACCUUUUGACAAUCCCGGCCCAACUAUUCAACGGGAAACGGGCCCGACAGAGCCGUCUCCGUUAGUUAUUGAUGGUUUACAUGAGGGGGAAUGUUAUAAAGUUCUUUUGUACACCGUUACAUCAUCUGGAAUAGUUUCUGAACGUCGUUUCGAACAAUUUCUUCGAAAAAAUGCACCUCAAUUAGAUUUAGCUGUUGGGCACCUUAAUUCUAGAGCUGCAACAAUUCAAACUUUUUAUGUUUCUGGAACUUCUACAUUAUUUAAUAGUGAUAAUAAAAACAACAACAUUAGAACCUCCAAAAAAGAAAAACUAAAAAUUUCCCCUCAAUGCCAACUUCAAAUACAAGUUGUCGACUCCUUAACUUCUCAACUUAUUGUUGAACGUAUUUUGACAUUAUCUUCAAAUGAACAAAAUUUACAAGAAUUAUCUACUUCCUCUCAAUUACCUUCUCUUUCUUUGGAUAAUCUUAAACCUUGGCGAAAAUAUGUUGUAAAUGGAGAGGUAAUUUGUGGUGCCCAAAAUCGACAUUCUUCUCCAUGUACCCCAAAAAUGCACAGAUUAACUCAAGUAGAAUUUCGUACAGAAUCUGCCCAACCCGGACCUAUUUUAAAUUUUACUGUUCGCCCAUUAAAUUCGUAUUCUGCUCAAUUAAAAUGGCAAAUACCUUCAGAACCGAAUGGACUAAUUAGUCAUUAUAUUAUUCAGAUUGAACCUCAAUUAGAAAACGAUAACAACGAUUUACUUAACGAAUUUGAUAAUAUAAAGCCUUGGACAGAAAAAGUUAUUGUUCAAGAACAAAAUAAAAAUAAUAAAAAAUUAAAUGAAGAAUUUAAACAAAAAGAAUUUAUUGAAAAAAUUUUGGAUAGAUUGAAGGGGGGACAUAAAUAUUUACUUCAAGUUUGGGCUGUAAAUGAAGCUGGACAGGGACGGGGAAGUGAACAAUUUAGUGUUCAUCAACCUAUUUCUGGUAAAUUAAAAUUUUAUUUUUAA